AAAAACAAGUACUUCUUUUUCAGCUCCUGUUGCUCCAGAAUUCAUGAUGCCUUUGAAGACUGUGACGUGUCUUGAGAACAAGAAUGCACAAUUUACUUGUACUGUAGUUGGAAAUCCCAAACCAAAUAUCACAUGGUACAAAGGUGUUCGUGAAAUCUUUGAAGGUAGCGGAAAAUACACGUUGCUAAAGGAAGGAGACACAUACACGUUGAGUAUCAAUGAAGUAUUUGGGGAAGACGCAGAUGAAUACAGCUGCAGAGCUUCUAAUAGAGGAGGUGUUCGAACAUCUAGGGCUGAACUAUUAAUUAUGCGUCCGCCUCAUAUUAACGUGCCUCCAAGAUUCCGCGAUACGGCUCAGUUUGAGAAAGGUGAAAAUAUAACUCUAAAGAUACCAUUUACUGGAUAUCCCAAACCUAAGAUUAAGUGGACUAGAAACGAAGAAGAAAUAGAGAAAGGCCAUCAUUAUGACGUCAUUACAUCUGAAAGGCAUGCUGUACUCAUCAUUCGCGAUGUGAGCAGCGACGACAAUGGACCCUAUCGUCUGGAGGCUUCAAACGAGCUUGGAGUGGAUUCUGCCAUCAUUAAAAUCAAAAUUAGUGAUCGUCCUGAUAAACCAAGGAAUCCUAAAGCUGAUCGGGCAACGGAAGAUUCAGUGACACUCACCUGGACAGCUCCAGCAUGGGAUGGUGGAUCUCAUAUUCAUAACUACCUCAUUGAAAAACAAGAGACUCCCAUGACUAGCUGGAUUCGUUGCGGAAAUACUAGGUUAACACUCCACCAAGUUACUGGAUUGAAUCCAAAUAAAGAAUAUCGGUUCAGAGUUUACGCUGAGAAUUUAUUUGGUAGAAGCGAUCCAAGCGAGUCAACAGCACCAAUAAUGACGCAACCAUCAAAGAAAGAGAAGGCGCAGCGAAAGCAAGUCGACGCACAAGGAAGGAAAAUACGUGGAAGAUCUGAAGGAACUAUAACCAAUUAUGACCAGUUUGUGUUCGAUAUUGAUUCAAAAUACAUUCCCCAGCCUGUUGGCAUCAAGACAUCCAAUAUCUACGAUUACUAUGACAUCCUUGAGGAAAUCGGAGUAGGAGCUUUCGGCGUUGUUCAUCGAUGUAGGGAGCGAUCUUCUGGUCACGUAUUUGCGGCGAAAUUCAUUCCCGUGUCUCAUCCAUUGGAGAAAACCAUGAUUAAGAGAGAAAUUGAUAUCAUGAACCAACUCCAUCAUCCAAAACUCAUCCGGUUGCAUGAUGCAUUUGAGGAAGAUGACGAAAUGAUCCUCAUCUACGAAUUCAUGUCUGGUGGUGAACUGUUUGAGCGCAUAACAUCCGACGGCUAUACAAUGUCUGAGGCUGAGGUCAUAAAUUACAUGAGGCAAAUAUGUGAAGCUGUGAAACACAUGCAUGAGAAGAACAUCAUUCAUCUUGAUCUUAAGCCAGAAAAUAUCAUGUGUCAGACAAAAAAUAGCACCAAUAUCAAAGUUAUCGAUUUUGGAUUGGCUACGAAGUUGGACCCUAACGAACCGGUUAAGAUUUCGACAGGAACUGCUGAAUUUGCUGCACCAGAAAUCGUAGAACGAGAACCAGUUGGCUUUUACACAGAUAUGUGGGCUGUUGGCGUAUUAGCUUACGUCUUACUGAGCGGUUUGUCUCCUUUCGCCGGAGUAAACGACAUUGAAACGCUAAAGAACGUACGAGCAUGUGACUGGGAUUUCGAUGAAGAUGCCUUUGCUAACAUUUCUGACCAAGGAAAGGAUUUCAUACGCAGAUUAUUGCAAAGGAGCAAAGACAAGCGUAUGACAGCGCAUGAGUGUCUUGAACAUGCCUGGCUGAAGGGAGAAAUCGAGGCACCUACAACACCCAUCGAAAGGAACAGGUACAUCAAAUUCAGGGACCGCAUUCGUGCAAGAUAUGGAGAUUAUUGGUUCUCUUGUGUCAUUCCUUUGGGUCACAUCUCCAACUACAGUUGUUUACGAAAGCUGCAAGAAGAACGCUAUAAAAUCAGAGAAUUUUACUUCGAUCGCCGACAGGCGGCACCCAGGUUCGUAAUUCGUCCUCAGAGCACUUUUGUUUACGAGGGACAAGCAGCCAAAUUCUACUGCCGUAUCAUUGCAGCUUUUCCUGCAACUGUUUCAUGGUAUCGUGAUGGCUAUGAGUUAAAACAGAGCGUUAAGUACAUGAAGAGGUACCAAGAUGACGAUUAUUAUUUCGUUCUGAAUAGAUGUAAGACAGAGGAUCGAGGAGAAUACAUUAUAAGAGCGGAAAACAGUUACGGUUUCAGAGAAGAACCAGUUUUCCUCAAUGUACAAGCAAUACCACGAGACAUCCCGCAUGUACGCCUGGAUGAACCCGUAAGGAAGCGUAUGCCACAGCCUAAAUUAUGGGAAGAGCCCACAGAUAGUGCCCCAUGUUUCACAUUCCAGCUCCGACCUCGAAUAAUGCAAACUGGAUCUGUGUGCAAACUCCUUUGCUGCUUGAAAGGACGACCCACUCCCACGGUGCAGUGGUUCAAAGACGGUAAGGAAUUGAAUAAGUAUGACUAUAAUGUCAAUCAUGCAGAUGGUGUCGUCACUCUCGAAAUUGUCGGUUGCACUGUUGAAGACUCCGGAAAAUACAGUUGUAAGGCAUCCAAUCCCCUCGGGGAAGAUGAAACUUGGUGUCAUGUGAUAGUAGAAGAUCGAAAGGGUCCACCAGUGAAAACACCUUCCAUUGUCGCUCCUACACCUACAGGGACACCUAUUCCUGGACAGACAUCUUCUUACAGAUCAACGUACUCUCCAAUGAGAGAUACGUACAGAGCUUCUUCUGUCAGUAGGACUGGCGGUUACAGUAGCAGCACCAACAAAUAUAGUUCUGACUAUUCUAGCAAAUACAGCUCUGAUUAUUCCAGUAAAUACAGCACUGGUUAUUCCUCCAGCAAGUAUUCUUCCGAUUACAAGUCAUCAUCGUCAUAUUCUUCUUCACGACAAGCACAGUCAUCGUCUUACAGUAGCUCAUCAGCGACCAAGAAAAGUGAUUACUUAUCAUCUAGCACGUACGGUUCCAGACUUUCUCCUUCUCCUGCACCCCGUGCCUCUCCAUCUCGGUCCUCCCCGCCCAGUACGAAGAGAGUGCAAAAACCAUACGGGAAAAAAACAACCACAGAAGGAGAAAGCCCUGUCAGAUCGAGGACGUCGACUAGGGAGCUGGAGAUUCCAGAUGAUACAACGAUGACUGCUCCUGCUUUCAAAGAAGGUUUGACUGACCUCAAGAUCAAAGAUGGUGAUCCUCUGACCCUGAAAUGUGUUGUCACUGGUGAUCCCGACCCCCAGAUUGAAUGGUUCAAAAAUGAUGAGCAACUCCAUUCGUCAGACAUCAUUGACUUGAAAUAUAAAAACAAAGUAGCGACUCUAAGCAUUGGUGAAGUGUUUCCAGAAGAUGAAGGUGUUUAUGUCUGCAAAGCGACCAAUUCGUUAGGCUCUGUUUCCACCACUGGAAAAUUAACUAUUCUUCCUAUGGAAAAGAAAAAACCUGCCAAGGGUGGAGCUGGCAAACCUCCAAGGAUCACAAAGCACGUGUCUAGCGUCAUUGUCAAAGAUGGUGAUCCAACAACACUUUCAUGCACUGUAAAAUGUGAAUCUCCGUUCGAUGUUGUAUGGCUCCACAACGAUAAAGAAAUCAAAAAUAGCAAAGAUUUUGUAUAUCAAACAGAGGGCAAUGAUUACAAAUUAGUGAUACCUGAAAUAUUCCCUGAAGAUGCAGGAAUAUAUACCUGCGAGGUGUUUAAUGACGCUGGAGAAGCUUUCAGCAGUUGUACUCUAGUCGUUUUAGUUCCUAAUGAACCUCUUAAAGGACCAGGAUUCAAGAAAUUCCCUGAAUCUCAAACAGUUCACGAAAAUCAGCCAGUAACUUUCUCAGCUGAAUUAGAGAAGGAUGCAGAUAAAGUGAACUGGACAAAGGAUGGCAAAGUACUGGACGAGAAGAGCACGCACCACAAAAUUACAAAAUCUGGCAAAGUAUGCUCCUUGACCAUUGAGAAAUGUGCUGCCACCGACGUUGGGCAAUAUAGCAUCCGAGCACUCAGCUCUUCACUGGGAGACAGCAUUGCGACAUUCUCGCUCAAUGUCCUCACGGAGGGGGAUCUGUGAUUCAGAGCGGUUCCUGUUUGAAAGAUUUCAUUUUUAUUGCUUCAUAUGUUACUUGGAAAUGCAAAAGGUGCGAAGAAAAUCUCAAGAAAACAGGAAAAUGUUUUGUUUACAUCUAUGAACUGAAGACAAAUUUUCUGUAACUGUACAGACAUCACUACAUUGUCCGUGUGUAUGUGCGUGUGUUUCCCCGUGAGGCAGCUUGAAAAUUCAAUUUUAAUCACAAGAAGAUAUUAAGACUGCAAAACUCUGAAUUGUUAAUCAACUACUGAAGUAUUUUAACUUGCUGGCUUUCUUCUUCAGCGCAACUGCAUUGCGUGAAAUGAGCGUUCAGUGUAAAUGCAAAUGGACAUUUUUAUUUUUAUACCUUCUGUCUUGCAACAAAGCAUGUAAGAAGGUUAAUAAUAAAAAUGUAAUAAAGUAUUUUAUAAAGAAUAAACGAUUUUUUCCUAAAAAGGGGGGGGGUUUCUUAACCAAAAAUAUUGUAUUUCUUAAGUAGCUGUACUAGAAAUUUAAUAUUGCCUGAAAUGAUACAUUGAAUUCUCAUUUCACUCAGUUUUUAUGUUUUCUGUGCAACAAAAUCAUUGAGUUAACAAUAAGCAGAUUUGCAGUCUAAAACAAAAGAUCGUUCAAAUUUCGUCAUAGGAAACAAACAAUAGUGUUGUAGAAAUGUGUUACCGAUUGUGAAUAAAGUUUAUCAAGUCUAUA